AGAGAGAUUUUGAUUGAUUGAUUUUAAUUAUAUUCUGCUUGAAAAAAGAUUCGUUCAUUUUGCUGAACGAGACUGAAUGAACCGGACUUCCGAACUUCCCAUCACUACUGCAUUCUAUACAACGUUGGUUGUUGUUGUUUUUUAAACUCCACGCGCGCUACGCAAAGCUGACGCAGCCACAGCGGCCUCUAUGGGUGACAGUUGGUAACAAAUUAGCGUGGUGAAUGAAUUUCGGGGUAUCUCCUCCUCCUCUGGCGUCACGUUCUCUCCUCUACAAAAGCUUCAUGGAGACACUGAACCGACCGGGCACAAACAGAGGCAGUUGUCGUGUGUCUCGGCAAAGGGGCCAAACGGAGGCGAAAUGAGGGCUUUCGGUUUGGUUUUGAGGACCGCGAGCAGCCUGGUUGCCCGGCAACAAUCCCGGAGGACGUGCGGUUCCGCAUCGCCCAAUAGAAAGAACGAGCCAGGUUUCGGCUUGCUGUUCGACAUCGAUGGGGUUUUGGUGCGGGGAAAGACGCCCAUCCCACGGGCCAAGAAAGCUUUUCACAAGCUGGUGGACUCUAACGGCCAGUUCAUCGUUCCUGUGGUUUUCGUCACAAAUGCUGGGAACUGUCUUCGGCAAAAGAAAGCCGAUCAGCUGUCUCACAUACUGGGGGUUUCUAUAUCCCAAGAUCAAGUCAUGAUGUCUCAUAGUCCUCUGAAAAUGUUCAGGAAAUAUCAUGACAAGUGUGUGCUGGUAUCAGGCCAAGGCCCAGUGCUGGACAUUGCCAAAAACUUGGGCUUUACCAAAGUGGUCAGUAUUGAUAUGUUAAGAGAAUCGUUCCCCCUGCUGGACAUGGUGGACCAUAACCGACGACCAAAAGUGCCGUCCUCUCCUGUUGUGAACCUCCCUAAAGUUGAAGCUGUGAUCCUCUUUGGAGAGCCAGUUAGAUGGGAGACCAACCUGCAGCUAAUUACUGAUGUUUUACUGACUGGUGGGAAUCUGAGUAAUGUGUAUGAAACAUCCCACUCCUCCCACCUGCCUCUGUUAGCAUGUAACGUGGACCUUAUGUGGAUGGCAGAAGCCCAGGCUCCAAGAUUUGGUCAUGGCACAUUCAUGGUGUGCUUGGAGAACAUCUACAAGAAGAUCACAGGCCAGGAACUGAAGUAUGAGGCGCUGAUGGGGAAACCCAGUGAGCUGACCUAUCAUUACGCUGAGUAUCUGAUCAGAACACAGGCGGCAGAGAGAGGCUGGAGAUCACCAAUCACAUCACUCUACGCUGUUGGGGACAACCUCAUGACUGACAUCUAUGGUGCCAAUCUCUACAACCGCUACCUCAAGGAACGGCUGGCCAGGAAGAGUGGCCAAGCCGUGCAACAAGCUCUGACCGGCACAGGAGCGUCAGUCUCUCAGGACGAGGACACGGACAAUGACUGGGAGAGCGAGUUAGCAUCUCCUUCUGCCACAUCCUGUAAGUCCAUCCUGGUGUGUACAGGCGUGUAUAACCCACACAUGGAGCUGCUCAGAGACACCAACCACUGCAUCAAAGAGACUGUGUUCCACGGACACCGCGACUUCCGCUUCGAACCCGCGCUGAUCGAACCGGGGAACGUUGUCCAGGAUGUUCACGCUGCUGUCGAGCUCAUUUUCGAAAUGGAAAAAUUUCCGACUCAGAUUUAGUCACACGAGAACACUGAAUACGAGAAACUUUAAGCUUUUACUCGUUUGCCAUUUUGGGGAACUUUUAUUUCAGUAAAUAUGUCAUAGUUAUAGGGACCGAUGAUGAAUAAGUCCAUAAAGCACAAUACUGAAGACACUGUGGUAUUUUACACACAUGUACCAGAUAAAUAGACAUGAUGAUAAUAGGCUUAAAAGACUGUAAUGUCUUGUAGUGACAGGACCAUCCAAUUAGAUUCUUUUCCUUUGUGUGUUUUUCAACAGUUUGCCACAUGAAUUGGUCAUUUUCUCAUUUUACAGUUACUCCAAACUCUAGGCCAGCUGUUAUAAUGCUUAAGAGUCCAUUUUAUUUAUUUAUUUUUAAAAAAUUCGCCAAAUAGUUUCAUCCUGAGAAAAGUGUUAUUAUUAUUAUUAUUAUUAUUAUUAUUAUUAUUAUUAUUAUUAAAUACGUCUUUGUUUUUAAUCGUAUUUUAAGCUGGGAUUUUUAUUGUUGUACUGUUAAGCUCCUUAGGUUUUGCUUUAUUUGUAUUUCAUUUAUGAACUCAUUGUUACAUUUCUACACUAAUGUUUGGUCAGUUGCGGAUCUGUUCUGUGUUUUGUGGACUGUGCAAGCACAUCACUGGCUUAUUAUAGUCUCACUUUCUUUUACAGUGCCUUACCCGGCUGAGAGACUUGUGGGUAUAAAUAGUUCUGUUCUCCUGCACGUCGUAGCGGCAUGAAAACUAAUGAAUUAAUCGCAUUUUAUUUCUUAUACACGACGCUGAUCCUAAAGAUAUAGAUUCGAAUCAAAACCUCAAGGCAGUUGACCUCAUAGCUAAAUAUUAAAGGCACACAGAAAGAAAGCGCCACCAGUGGAACAGAAGUGCAUGUGCGACGAAUUUCUUUUCUGUUCAAAACUGUUCAAGAUGUUAAGAAAAAUGAAAUGGUGAUUAAACUGUAAUAAAAUGGUAUCUCACUCAAAGCA